AGUGUUAUAACUUUCCAGAUCGCUUACUUAAUAUAGAUAAUGGCUUGUCUAAACUGAUUGAGUUUGGGUCCCUCAGAGCAUUGUGUUUGAAAUAUGUAAAUGUUACUGGUGAAGCUAUUGAGAAUUUCCUGCAUAAUUGUCGUUUUCUUGAACGGUUGGUUGUGGUUGGCUCAGGAAAGUUAGUCAAUCUUCUAGUCUCCGGUUUGUCCCUUGUGUUGAAGCACUUGGACAUAAACUCGUGCCACAAUGUUAAAUCAAUUAAGAUUUGUGACUGUAACCUUGUCUCCCUUGGGAUAUGCAAUGUUGAACACCUUGUACUUAUGAAUGUUCCUAUGCUUGUCGAGGUAUUUGUUCGUGCAGCUCCUCGCGUUUUUUAGCCGUGUGUUCCCUCAGUUUUCCUUCUUUUCCUCUCAGCUGGAGAGUCUUGAAUUGAAAGAUUAUGUGGCUCAGAAUAUUGUGAAUCUUCGUGACCUUCCUCAACUAAGUCAACUAAAGGAGUUGGCGAUGUACACCGGUGCUUGGGAUGAUUAUAGUCUAAUGGGAGUGACUUCCAUCAAGGAAUGUCCAAACUUGCGCAAAUUUGUAUUGCAGUUAGCUGGGCAACACCUUCAAAGAAAAACAGAGAGACGGUAAAGGGUGCAAAAUGCGCCCUCAUAUUCCUUGAAGUGAUUGAGUUGUGUGGAUAUUGUGGUCGCACUAGUGAUGUUGAACUUCUCAUGUGUUUUGUUGAGAAUGCUGCUGCCCUCAAAAAAUUGUUCUUGAUCCUCAAUUAUCUGGUCAUCUUAAAUAUAAUCUCCAUACUCAUGUCCGCAAGGCCACCAUAACUUCUGCUCUGGAAGAGGUAAAACAACUGGUACCCAAGCAUGUAGAGUUGGUGAUCCUAUAACUGGAGAUGCAGUUCAAGCAGUGGUUGAGCGUUCAAAAUGCAACUGCUGUCUAAGCCUUGGCUCUGAAGCAAUAUUUGUGUUUACGUUUGGCUUUCUUUGGGAUAAAGGGUGCUGGUUGUCUAGGUAAAUUAUUGUAGAAUUUUGAGUUAUUGUAUGCGGUAAGUUUAACGUUGGUUUUAAGUUUCGUUUUUAUUUAUACCAUUUUUUUACCUGAGUUCUUACAACACUGGUUAGAAUUGCAGUUGUCUGGCUUCUCUUCCUUUUAAGUGUUCCUUUCAAUUAUUCAGUAUAUAUGCCUCUAUCA